AUGUCCUCUCCUACCUCUCCAAACUCUCCAAACUCGCAAACUUCAAUAUACUUCAAUUCGCCUUGGCAAAAUAAGCUCAAAGAGCAUUGCAGAGUAUAUAGGAUGAAAGCUCCAGUUUGGGGUACGAUGUCGGAUAAACGAGGUGGUCGAACAGCCUGGUCAAGCAACGUCACGAUCGGUGCUGAAAUAUUUAGCGCCCGGUACUGGUACGACGGACAGUAUGUAAACAACGCAAAGGAGGACGCCGCAGAGGUCGCAUUACAGUGGAUGCAGAAGCUUUUGAACUCCUCUCCAUACGGGCACAACUAG